CUCUUUGCAAGAAAAUAGACCAGCAGCUGCAAUCAACUGCAGUCGUAUCACACCUUCAUGAUGUUUCCCUUGGCCAGAAAUGUACUAAGUUGUCUCAGGAUUCGAAGCAUUCAGCAACUUAGGGCAAGACAGAGUCAUGCAAAACACUCACCAGAUUUUCAUGACAAACAUGGUAAUACUGUGCUAGCCAGGGGAACAAUUUUCUGUAUUAUUGCAUGGCUGUUUACAACCACAAAGAUUGGAAUAGAAUGGAACCUAUCCCCUGUUGGCAGAGUCACCCCAAAAGAGUGGAAUGAUGAGUAACUAUCACAGUUACUGUAAUACAGAAUUGUUUCAAAAUCGACUUGUCAUUUAAGGGCUCUGCUGCUCAUUAAAAUUUAACAUAAUUGAGAAAUAAAAUACAUUUGAAACCU